AUGGAGCUCUCUUUCCUUUCUUCACCACAAAUAUUCUUCACUGUCUUUACUCUUGCUGUUAGUGUCUUCCUCUAUAUUUUUAUCUAUCACCAAACUAACCGGCGAAAAACGAACUAUCCACCGGGUAAUUUUGGGUGGCCAAUUAUUGGAGAAACCUAUGAAUUCCUCUACGGGAACUCUGAGAAAUUCAUAGGUGACAGAAUGAAGAAGUACUCUCCCAAAGUGUUCAAGACAAAAGUGUACGGUGAGCCCACCGCCGUCCUCUGUGGCGUUGCCGGCCACAAAUUCAUCACCGCUAACGAGGAGAAGCUUUUCAGGGUGUGGCGCCCACAUUCCCUCCAAAAGCUCUUCCGCGCCCCAUUCCUCCCCAAUGCCUCGGCCUCCAUCCCACGGGAAACCAUGGUCAAUGUCACCCGUGCCCCGGGUUUCAUCAAGACGGAGGCACUUAUCGGGUACUUGGGGAAAAUGGACACCAUGAUUCAACAACAUUUCAACUUGCACUGGGAGGGAAAACAAAAAGUGCAGGCCUAUGAGCUCAUGCACAGAAUGACCGCGACUCUAUCGAGCCGGUUCUUCUUAGGGUUCGAAGAGAAUGAUCCUCGUAUCGAAAAGUUUGCUAGGCUAUCAGAUGGAAUGACGGUCGGGCUCCAUUCUUUCCCUAUAAAUAUUCCUGGAACUGUGUUUUACCGCGCCAAGAAAGCCGCGGACGCGAUGAGGAUGGAGGUUCAGCAACUGAUUAUGGAGAAGAGAGCUGCCAUGUCCAGUGGAAUACAAACUCAGGACAUUCUGUCACAUAUGAUCCUCAGCAGCAACCCUGCUGCUGGCCGGUUCAAGUCGGAGAAAGAAAUAGCAACCCUUUCCUCGGCCUUAGUCGUGUCUGGAUUCACCACACCUGCCACUGCUCUAGCCAUUAUCAUGAAAUACCUGGCAGAAAGACCCGACAUAUAUGAUAAAAUUCGUGCAGAACAAAUGGAGAUUAGCAGCUCCAAGAAAUUAGGCGAGUUGCUUAAUUGGGAGGACAUACAGAAGAUGAAAUACACAUGGCACACAUCACUGGAAGUGAUGAGAAUCAUACCACCUUUUCAAGGAGGAUUCAGGGAGGCCUUAAGGGACUUCACAUAUGAAGGUUACACCAUCCCAAAGGGUUGGAAAGUGUAUUGGAGCGUGACUACCACAAACAAGAACCCGGAAUGCUUUCCAGAACCAGAAAAGUUAUCUCCGACGAGGUUUGAGACUCCUCCACCUUACACCUUCGUCCCAUUUGGCGGUGGUCUACGAGUGUGUCCAGGAAAAGAGUACAGUCGACUAGUGAUGCUCAUUUUUCUCCACAAUCUUGUCAAAAAAUUCAAAUGGGAGGUGUUGGCUCCUAACGAGAACAUGAUUGGCACUGUCAUCCCUAUGCCGGGAAAAGGGUUCCCAAUCCUUCUCCAACCUCUCUCAACAUAA